AGUUCGUAUGAGUCCUACUACCAAUGAAAAUGUGAUUGUGAAUUUGAAAUUUUUGUACAUCACUAUCAUUUCGGAAGAGGAGUUCUUAUUAUAGUAUAUCAAUGUACAUGGGGAGGUUAGAAAUUAGAAUUCUCAAGAAGCAAAUUUAAGACUCGUGAACUUUGAGCUGGCAAUAGGACAACACAAACCUGUCCUCUAAUUUCCCGUAAUUAUCGCCCUCCUUGUUUGUAACUUCAAUCUUGUAGCUUACAAUGAAUACAAAAACAUAAUAAGGCCAAAUCAACCAUGCAAAUUAUAAGAACAACACAUAUCCUCCUCACACACACUGCAUCAAGCUAAGUCCAGUUGAGAAGGAAAAGAAAAGAAGAAUCUAUACCAAACAUUUAGAACAUCAUAAUACAAGAAAUGGCAAUGAUGAAAGAGAAUAUUGAAGUGAGUCUUGGGAGGAGCCAAAUGUCCAUGCCAGAAGGUGAGUUACAAGCAACACGUUGUGUCAAGAGACGGCGAAGAGAGGUUGCUGCAGCAGCAGCAACCAGUGGUAAUGAUAAACACCAGCAGAAGCUAACACAAGAAGUUGGUGAAAAUUCUACUAUAAGCACUACAAAGAGAAGCUCAAAAUUUCGUGGUGUUAGCAGACAUAGAUGGACGGGUCGAUUUGAAGCUCAUUUGUGGGACAAACUCUCUUGGAACAUAACACAAAAGAAGAAAGGGAAGCAAGUUUAUCUUGGGGCUUAUGAUGAAGAGGAAUCUGCUGCCAGAGCAUAUGAUUUAGCUGCACUUAAGUAUUGGGGAACAUCAACUUUCACCAAUUUUCCGAUAUCAGAUUACGAGAAAGAGAUAGAAAUAAUGCAGACCAUGACCAAAGAGGAGUAUUUGGCCACUUUAAGGAGAAAGAGCAGUGGCUUUUCAAGAGGUGUAUCAAAGUAUAGGGGGGUUGCAAGGCACCACCACAAUGGUAGAUGGGAAGCAAGGAUAGGAAGGGUAUUUGGAAACAAAUAUCUCUACCUUGGAACCUACAGCACCCAAGAGGAAGCUGCACGUGCUUAUGACAUAGCAGCCAUUGAGUACAGAGGGAUUCAUGCUGUAACAAACUUUGAUUUGAGCACUUACAUAAAAUGGUUAAAGCCUUCGGGAGGAAGCACCCCAGAAGCAAAACUUGAAUCACAUGCAGUACUACUAGAGUCUCAAAAGGUGUCAUCCCCAUCUAGCUAUGCUCUAACAGAAGAGUCAAAGUCUUUGGCCCUUUACAGCAGUUUUUUCAGUCCAGAUUCUCUGAGUUCCCCUAUAAGGCCUGGAAAUUUUGGAAGCAAAACUUACCAAUUCUCAAGCAAUAAGUCAUCUUCUCCCACUGCACUUAGCCUUCUUCUCCGCUCUUCGUUAUUUAGAGAAUUGGUUGAAAAGAAUUCAAUUGUAUCUGGAGAUGAAGGUGAUGGCGAAGUCACAAAGGAUCAACAACCACAAAUAGCCAGUGAUGAUGAACUGGGUGGAAUCUUUUAUGAUAACAUUGGUGAUAUCCCAUUUGUCUGUGAUCCCAAUAGAUACAACUUGGAGUUGCAAGAAAGAGACCUGCACUCAAUAUUUUGAACUUAGAUUAUGUAGAUUUUGCGCUUAAUUUGUCUUGAUCUCAAUUACUUUCAAUUUUUGGACAAGAGAAUAAUGAUAGUUGUUAAAAGAACAGGCAUGAUAGCAGCCAGAAUAUGUACAUGGAAAUCAUAGUUAACAAGUUCCUGCUUAACAGAAAGUAAUUCCCUCAUGAUACGCUUCAAGAAAGGUUUUAAAUUGUGGUUUUGGUUGUUAUUGCACAAGUGUGGUUGAAGGCUGAUGUGGGCUAAUUGCGGUUGCUGCAGUCCUUAAUCAUGGUCUAUUGUAAACAAUUAAAUAUUUAAAUUGCAUCGGUACAUGCUUUUCAUUAU